AGGAAAAGAAAACGAAAAGACUGAGGAGGAUUUUUGACUUAUCCAAGAGAAGCAGCGACAGAUUCAGUGAGGUCGAUCCCAUCUGAUCGGAGCUUCGUCUUCUUCAUCUGCUACCGCCGCCGCCGCCGCCGCUCCGCCGUCGACGAAGUGUGCUCCGAGACGGUACCGGGCUAGCUCCGGCGAAGCUCUAGAGAGAGAGAGAGAGAGAGAGAGAGAGAGAGAGAGGGGAAGAUGCCUGAGAACCCUUCUUCAGCUUCAGCCGUCGAUCCGGCCGCCGCCGCCGCCGCCGCCGCCGCCGUCAAGCGCUACGCUCCUCCGAAUCAGAGGAAUCGCUCUCUCAACAGGCGCAAAUCGGGAGAGCAACUUGAUCGACCGAACAAUUUUUAUGCAAGUGAUGGAGAGAAGAAUCACACAGCUGCUUCAAGGAACACCAUCAAUGAUCAGAGGGAUGCAGGGAGAAGCAACCUUCCAAAGGAAAACCCUCAUCUGGGAUCGAUUGCCUUAGAAGGGUGCUCUACCAGCGAAGCUUCUCGUCUUCUAAAUGACCGCUGGGAAGCUACAAUUCGCAACUGCAAUGAUUUAUCUAUAGAGUCAUCUGAAAGACCUGUUAUGUACUCUGGAAGCACCGCGCCUGCAUGGGGAGCCGUCAAACUUCCUCAUCAGUUAAUAGCUCCAUCAGGUGUUGGAUCUCCCAAUUCCCAGAUGGACUUCUUAAGUGAACUUCGCCGGGCAAUGCGCAAUGCAAAUGCAGGUUCUUAGGUGUAGCAAUUUGGCAUCCGUACUCAAGAUGAAGUUAUUGGUUGUGGAAGUGGACAUAAAUUAUUGCAGCUUUCACUUUUCAAGAGACUGGCGAGUUGUGGCAAACACCAUGUACCCAGUUGGCUAUCCUCCAUUUGUGGAGCAAAACUAAGAUGCGUUGCCCGAAGAUGAGCACCUAUAAAUAUGCUUUCCACUGCUGUCUUCCCUGACGGCAUUAGUACUAACCGUUUUGAGUAGCUCAUUAUGACCUCCUUGUCACGAAUGCCUCUGUGCAAGUAGUGUGCAUGCGCGUGCGGGGAGUAGCAGUAGGUCCUUGUGUCUGUUGUUGUGCGUGUGCAAUCAUUUCGAAUUGAGUUUCUUUGAAACAGUGAUUGAAAACUGUUUUAGUUUUUUCGGUCUAAUAUAAGAGCUGGUUCUCACUUGUCCUCCUCCA